UUGGAGUGACAAGAUGUAUUAUUUUAAGUUUGUAUUCGUCCUCUUGCUGUUUGAGCCUCAGUCCAUCUUCUCUCAUACCAUUGCUAAGCCAGAGGAUCAGUCUGCACAUGACAGGAGAAAGAGAGAAAUAAAUGAUGUGAAUAUUCCAGCAGCGCCAACUCUACCCGAUCUUAAUUUAAAUGAAUUACCCAGCGACGUUCGAAAAAUCUAUGAAAACUCCCCAGAUUUUGCCAAAUUUUUCGGAGGAAGUGAUGACAAUGACGAUUCUGCUGUUCCCAAAGAAAAUAAUAACGAAAUACCGCCAGCCCCUAAGAUUGUGGAACAAAGACCUGAUGAGGAAGAACCUGCCGAUAGUGCUAUCACUAGUGUCAUAGUAGCAAAACCAGCUGUAAAAUCUACUGAAGAAGAAAAUGUACCUAUACAUCAUACCAAUGUCAUAGUACAACAACCUGUUAUAAUUGAACCUCCUAAUCUCGUCAAUGUUAUAAAAAAUAGCAAUGAAGAUGACAGUAAUUCUAAACCUUUUGUUAAUAAUGCAAAUAGUGGAGAACCUCUGGACGAUUUUAAAAAUAAAGCAAUCGCCAUGUUUAACAAAAUGCCAAAUAAAGAGGAAAAGCCAAAAACGUAUGGAAUGGAUUUAGUAGGAAAUAAGGGAGUUGUAUGGAAUGAUUUGGACGAAACUCCCGUUGGAACCGACAAUGUAGGUGUACCGAGCGUUAACACAUAUAAACCUCAAGAAACUGAAGAAAAUAAUAAAACUUCAAAAAAUAUUAUAUAUGAGUAUCCUAAGGAAAGCGAUAGUGCAAUACCCGUAGUAACAAAAGAGGUGACACAGCGUCCCGUGGUAGUUUACGUAGAUAAAGUACCAGAAAGUAAAAAACCCGUUGAAAUUGAUUCCGUUGUAGAACCUUCUCAGCCAGUCGUAAUCGAACCGAAGCCAGAACCAAUUAAUUACGUCGUGGAAAAACCUGAGCCAGAUUAUAACAGCUAUGAAAACACAAUUGUUAAACCCAAAAACAACGAACCAGACAGUAAUGUUCUGAAACAAUCAUUUGAUAAUCUCCUUAAACAGAUUCCUCCCGUCAAACCGUUUAGACCACAGGCAGUUUAUAAACCAAAGGUUGAGGCUCAGCCAGUCAUAAUCGAACCGAAGCCAGAACCAAUUAAUUACGUCGUGGAGAAACCUAAGCCAGAUUAUAAUAGCUAUGAAAACACAAUUGUUAAACCCAAAAACAACGAACCAGACAGUAAUGUUCUGAAACAAUCAUUUGAUAAUCUCCUUAAACAGAUUCCUCCCGUCAAACCGUUUAGACCACAGGCAGUUUAUAAACCAAAGGUUGAGGCUCAGCCAGUCAUAAUCGAAGCGAAGCCAGAACCAAUUAAUUACGUCGUGGAAAAACCUAAGCCAGAUUAUAAUAGCUAUGAAAACACAAUUGAUAAAUCCAAAAACAACGAACCAAACAGUAAUGUUCUGAAACAAUCAUUUGAUAAUCUCCUUAAACAGAUUCCUCCAUUUAAACCGUUUAAACCACAGGCAGUUUAUAAACCAAAGGUUCAAAAUCGUCCUUCUUAUGUUAAACCAGCUCCAACUAAUAAUGUUAUUAUAGUACCGGUUCAACCUGAGCAUCAAAACACAUAUGUUUAUAAGCCUAGAAAGGAAAGCCAUCCUAUUGUAUAUCACAGGGCUACUAGAAAACCUUACAAACCCACAUACAUUGUAAAACCUCAUUAUACACAUGAAAGAAAACCGGUAAAGAAGUAUAGAGAAAGAUCUCAUAAACCAAUGUAUGAUGAAGACAAGCUUAGGAGAUCUUUUGCGAACCUUAAUAAUCAGUUAAAUAAUAUGCAGUCGAAAUCUAAGCCCGUCCAGGAACUACCAGGAACAUAUGGAAUGAAUCUACAUAACGAUAAAGGAUACAUGUGGAAUGACUUGAAUCCGCCACAAGAUACAGUUGUUAAUUUUGGUGAAGGUGAACCUAAGAAUAAACCAGCACACGAAGGUAAUUACGUGGCACCGGAAUCUACUGAAGCAACCGAGCCAACAUCACAGUCAGCCGAACCCAACAGUUCUGCAGAAUCUCAAUCAAAUGAGCAACCAUCUUCGUCAAAUCAGCAACCUUCAUCAUCAAAUGAGCAACCAUCUGAAGCGCAUAAAAAACCAUCUCCGUCAUAUGGAAAACCAUCUCACCCGCAUAAGAGACCAUCGCACACAAGUGAAGCGACUAAGAAUCCUGCUACAGAGAAACCGAAGGAGGAACAUCGUCAACCAGAAAAACAUUACCCAACUAAACAUAAGCAAGAACAUCAGAAACCUACUGAAAAACCUAAAGAAAGUAAACACGAACCUACAAAGAAAGAAAAGCCUGAAAAUCAAGAGAAAAACCCACAGGUACAUAUCAUAUUAAAAUAA